CUUAUUUUGAGAAUAAAAUAUAAAAUUUUUAUUUUAAUAUUUUCUUUAUAUUUUAUAUUUAAUUUAAUUUUUUCUUAUAUUUUACUAUUUUAUGAAAUAAUCAAUAAAAUGUAGAAAUAGUAAAAAAAAAAAAGUAAUGUGGGAGUAAUUUUAUUUAUGUUACGGAGUAUAUUGUAUGGAGAUGGAGAUACUUCAUAUGACGGUGAGAUAAGAAGAAAAGAGAGCUUCGGAUUCUGCACAGAAAUGUCGACUUCGUCUACUCCAUUAGAACCAGAACCAUAUCUUCUCAAGGAGAAGAAACUGAAACUCCCGCUUCUUGCCUUCCUCUUUCUGCUCCUCUCCCUUCUCACCUUUUUCCUCAUCUCCAACUCUCAGAAGUCUCCACUCUACGCCGUAGACUUCCCCCGGCCCGGACCCGACUCCAAGCCCGCCAUAAUCCCUAUCCAUUCCGCUCCAGCUCCUCUCCUGCCUCCCUCACUUCCGCAGCAGUCGCCUGAUUCCGUCUCGAUCGACCGCCGUGAAAGCGUCCCCGCCGAACCGGAUGCCGAUCCGAUCCGGUGGAAGCUGUGUGACGGCGCUGUGGCUGUUGACUACAUCCCGUGCCUUGACAAUUGGAAAGCUAUAAGCGCACUGAAGUCGCGGAGGCACAUGGAGCAUCGGGAAAGGCACUGCCCUGACCAGACCCCCCGGUGUUUGAUUCCACUUCCGGUUGGUUACCGGGUUCCGGUGCCGUGGCCCACGAGCAGGGACAUGAUUUGGUAUAACAAUGUGCCACAUCCAAAGCUUGUGGAUUACAAGAAGGACCAGAGAUGGGUGGUCAAGUCUGGGGAUUAUUUUGUUUUUCCAGGUGGGGGCACUCAAUUCAAGGAGGGAGUGAACCACUAUGUCGAAUCUAUUGAGAAGAAUUUACCAAUAAUUAAAUGGGGAAAGAACACAAGGGUCAUUCUUGAUGUUGGCUGUGGUGUUGCUAGCUUUGGUGGGUUUUUGUUGGACAAGAAUGUGAUUACAAUGUCAUUUGCACCAAAAGAUGAACAUGAGGCUCAAAUACAGUUUGCACUUGAACGGGGUAUCCCUGCUAUACUUUCAGUAAUUGGAACUCAGAAGCUUCCAUUUCCAGAUAAUGUGUAUGACUUGAUUCAUUGUGCACGGUGUAGGGUUCAUUGGGAUGCUGAUGGUGGGAAACCAUUGAUGGAGCUAAACAGACUUCUUAGGCCUGGAGGGUUUUUCAUAUGGUCUGCUACGCCAGUAUAUCGGGAUGAUAAAAGAGAUCGUCAAGUCUGGGAAGCCAUGGUUUCUCUGACUGCAGCUUUAUGCUGGAAGGUAGUGAAGAAGACCUAUGAUACAUCUACUUCAAUCGGGAUGGUUAUAUAUCAAAAGCCUACUUCACCGUCCUGUUAUAUGGGGCGUAAAGAAAACAAUCCUCCUCUUUGUGACAAGACCAAUAGGGUAAAUAGUUCAUGGUAUGCACGCCUUGACAGCUGUUUACCCCAACUUCCAGUAGCGAGCAACGGAAAUUUGGACAUGUGGCCUGCCCCUUGGCCCACAAGACUCAGCAGCAGACCUCCAAACCUGUCUUUAGUAGGUGCUGAUGAAGAGACUUUCAAUAAGGAUACCAAACACUGGGGCACACUUCUCUCUGAUGUUUACCUAGGAGGACUUGACAUAAACUGGUCAGCCAUUCAGAAUGUAAUGGAUAUGAAUGCCGGUUAUGGAGGGUUUGCUGCAGGGUUAGUUAACUUGCCCUUAUGGGUAAUGAAUGUUGUUCCCAUCAGUGCGCCAGAUACAUUACCUGUUAUAUUUGAUAGAGGAUUGAUUGGAAUGUAUCAUGAUUGGUGUGAAUCCUUCAAUACCUAUCCUCGCACAUAUGAUCUUCUACAUGCUAGUUUCCUCUUUGGAAAGCUAACUCAAAGAUGCAACAUAAUAGACAUGGCUGUGGAGGUGGAUAGGAUAUUGAGACCAGGUGGGAUUCUUUUGGUUCAAGACACCAUGGAUUCGAUUGCGAAGCUCAGCCCAAUUCUACACACCCUCCACUGGUCAGUCACUUUAAACCAGCAACAGUUUCUUGUUGGCAGGAAAGGCUUUUGGCGCCCCGAUGAAAAGACCAGAUUAUGAACACCCCUCCUAUAUAGUACACAUAUACACACUAGCUUUUUUGUUGUUUCUCCCUUCUGCAACUUGUGCAUCAAUAACUGUUACAACUUUUUUUCCCAUUUAUGGACACUAUGAAUCCCACAAAAAACGAGUCUCGGAUUGAUGAGAAAUAAGAGGAAUAAUCAUAUGCGUCUUAGGUCGACAUUUGUUACUCUGUAUUUGUGUAGGGAUGGGCAUAGUUCCAAUUCUCUGUCCCAAGGCAAAAUGGGAAGGUGAAAACUCAAAACAUUUUUACUGUCUUUGACUGUGUGAA